AUGUGCAGCUUGACCCAGCUCCGCUGCGGACUGCGCCACUCUGUCUGCCUCACGCUGCGGGCUGCUCGUUUGUUGCCCGGUCGUGACAGUGACGUAUGCGGCCCCGAGCGACCCUUUCCACCAAUGAGAGCAGGGGGAGCGGCUGUUCCGCGAGCGCGUUCCGUUGAUUUCAAAAUUUGGGGGGGGAGGGUGCGGGGGUGCGCACCGGGUGAUGGUCGUCGGCCCCUGGGCUGGCUGGAGGAGUUUGGUAUGCUCCGGCUAUCGGAGAGGAGCAGCCGUAUGGGAGACAGGGCGCUGGGCGAGAAUGUCGGUCGCUCCGACAGCGGGUUAGUGAAAUGCGGUGAUGCUGCUGCCGCCGCUGGCAUUGACGAUGGUGGUUGGUGGCGGGACAUGGACCUGUUAGGAGCGGGAGUCAGGAAAUCGGCGUUAUCUCCAGCGUCGGGAGUCAGGCAAAACAUGAAGCACUUGUUGAGCGAGCUCAAAGACAUGUACGAAGAAAAACUGAGACAUAUGGGGAAUAAAGAUGAAAGCAAAGAUACGCUAAAGAUGAAGGUAAGGAUUCUUCAGUCUUAUGUAAAUGAUCUUGGUGACCAAAACAAAGUCUUGGUUCAGACAAUCGAAGAUCUUGAAAAAGAAGCAAAUGAAAAGAUUGCGAAUCUGGAUACCAGACUGCGGAGAGAUGACCAACUAUUAACUGAACAACAAUUAAAAUGGGAAGCAUCCAAAGAAGAAAUUGAUCACCUACGUGGAGAAAACAUGAAUGUAAAAAUUGAUCUCAGCACUCUGGUUUGUGCUAUACAGCAAGCUGAAAAAUCACAAAAAUUUGAUUUUUCCAGUCUUAACUUGAGAAGUAUUCAGCUGGAGAAAGUUGCAAGUCCAGCAUUUCAUAGUUCAAUCAUAAGGAAAAAAUCAGAAAUCUCAGAGCCCCUUCUGGGAGGAAAAUUUCAUUUGGAAACCAAUGAUAUGAUGGGUAGAAGUCUUCAUGAGGAAUUAAAAGAUGCAUGGUGUGACUGUGAACAAAGUGAGCUCGAGCCUGAAGUGAAAGAGCACAGAGUUUAUGAUCUUGAAGCAGAACAUCAAAAUGGGAAGACCCAAGCUCAAAGGACUUCAUUGCAAAACUGUAAUGAAACAGAUGUUAACCACAAGUCAUUUCAGCAAGUCCAACAUAAGAUCCAGCAUCAGGAGAUGCUGCUGAAUCAACUACGUCAGAAGUAUUUAACUGCAGUUAAUGUAGUUGAAAACCAACAACGGAUGAUUCAUUCUUUGGAACAGGAUCUUCAAACUGCCAUGCUUGCUGGAAAGGAAAUGGCCACUGGGGUGGCUGAGUGUGAAGAAACCAUUAAACAUUUGGAAAUAGAAUUAUCUUCAUUACAUUCAGCACAAGAAUUGGACAAUAAGACCAUUACCCAAAAGAAGCAGGUUAUUCAUGAGCUACACCAAGAAAGCAAUUCACUGAAGCAGAAAUUGAAAGAAGCCCUUUGCAAGAUUCAUCAGAAAGAAAGCAAAAUUUGUGUUUUGGAAGAAGAGCUGUUGGAUGCCCGAAAGCAAUAUUCUGUUUACUAUGAAGAGUUCCUCCACAGAGAAAAAUUCAUGCAGAAGUUAAAAGAAGAAACUGUAGAGUUGACAGACCAAAUAAAAAAGCAGUCCCAGGAUAUCAGUGCACUCAGUGCUGAGAAGCAGAAAAUAGAACUGGAGAUGACAGUAAUUACUGAGAAGUAUAGAACUGCUCAACAAGAGGUCAGCAAACAAGAUGAGAUUAUUCUAAAACUAAAGACCGAUUUGAAAACUGCAAGAGAAAAAUAUGGGGGAGCACAAAAAGAUAUUGGAGUUCAAACAGCUGAGCUCAACAGACUUGCUGAAAAAUUAACAAAUCUGCAGCAUGAAGUUUGCAAGCUAAGGAACAUUGGUGAUGUACAGCAAGAACGGCUGAACGAAGCUGGAAAGUCAAUUCAGGAAUUUGAACAUGAACGGAAAAUGCUCAUGGAGGAGGUUGGAAAGCAUGAAGACACCAUUAAAAAAGAGAAAUCUGAGAAUAUGCAUUUAAGAAAGCAGAUUGAGCUUCUACAAAAUCAAGUUACAGAAAGCCACAAUCAGGCAUUGACUUCUGAAUCUACUGCAGAUCUAUACAAACAGAAAUAUCAGACAAGCACUGACAGGAUACAUCACCUGGAGAAUCAUGUGCAAAACCUUAAAGAAGAAUCAAAUCAUCAGAUUGCAGAAAAAGAUGAAGAAAUUCUACAAGUCCAGUCAUGCUUAACACAGUAUCGGAUCAACCAUGGUCAUUCCAAUGAAGAAUAUGAUGGACAGGUUGCUCUUGUUAAACACCUAGAGAAGGAACUUGAAUUGAUGAAAAGUACUUGUAAUGAAAAAAAUAGUAGAAUUGGAGAAUGUGAACAAACAAUACUUGAUCUCAGAGAAGAAAUAACAAAAUCUGACAAUCAGCAAAAGAAUUGUGUCCUUGAAGUGGAAAAACUUGAACAAGCUUUGGAAAAUCUUAAUCUGAAUGCAGCAGAUUCCGAAAAUAAACACAAGCUGGAACUUGUACAACUGCAAAAGCAAAUUACCCAACUCGAAAGCAACCUCGCAGAUUCCCAGAAAAGCUGCAACCAAAUGCAUCAGGCAAUAUGGGAAAGAGAUGACCUUCUGCAGAAACGAGAAGCUGAACUCCUGGAGUCCCAAGAAAAUGUCAGAAAGAAAAUGUCAGAGAUGAAGGUUUUGGACAACAUCGUGACAGACCUGCAAAUAAAACUGCAGAAUUUGCAGUUUCACAAGAUUCAGACUCAAAAUGAAAAUACAAUACUAAGAGCUGAAAUUCAGCAAUUAAACCAGGAACUGCAGGGACUCCAUCAACAGUACAGAGAGAAAGUGCAAGAGCUUGCAAAUCGAGAAGAGAAAUUAAUUUUACUGGAGUCAAACCUACAAGCUACAGAGAAGCAGCUAAAUAACCAAACAUCUGAGGUAGUCCAUCAAGAGCAAAAACAACAAACAUUGCACAUGCAAAUAAGAACACUGAAAAAACAGCUUGAAACUACAGAGGAAGAGAUGAAUAAAUACAAACAAGAACAAGAGGAAUUGAGAAAUGAACUGAAUAUGAUAAAGCAACAGCAGGAAAUCGUGGACCACCAUGAUGACAGUCAAAGCACCAUGAUGGAACUGGGAAACACCAAAGAUCAGAUCCAAACUCUACGGCAGCAGAUUAAGGAAGAAGAGAUCGCAUAUCUGCAAAACAAAUAUUAUAAUAUCUGCUUGGAGCUAAUGAAAGAGAAGUCGCAAGUCAAAGAUCUUCAAUUAAAGUUGGCUACAGAGGAGGAAAAGCUGGAAGCCCAGAAACAAGCACUGGAAGCUGCACAAAGUGACAACAAUCGGCUCCAAGAAGAAAGUGAAUUAAUGGUUUCGAGUGUUAAAGAAUGGAUCACAGAGCAAGGGCAUGCAAAUAAUAUUUUGGGUACAAAAAUCCAACAACAAAACCAACUUGUCUCUCGCUUAACUAUGGAUAAAGUUUGUUUACAGGAAACCAUUAAAGAUUUGAAUCAAGAAUUGAAGAAGGUAAAAACUGAGAUGGAAGAAAAGGAAAACAAAACAGAACAAUUAAAGGCAUUACAGAGUCAUGGUGCCAGUCAACAAAUACUGCCCAAUCAACUCGGAAGUCAACUGAAGAAUCAAGAAUACGAGUGGGCAAAUCUCAUAGCGGAAAAAGUUGAAACUAUCGAAGAUAUGCAUAACAGAUUGAAAACCAGUGUUCAGUCAAUGCAACUCCUGCACCAACAGCUGCAUACACUUGACAGAGAAAAUCUGAAACAUGAAAGUCAGCUGGAAGAGGAACAGACCCACCGUCAUCAGCUGGAAUUGCAGUUGGAAACCCUUGGUCAGACCAUCUUAUCCCUUAGGACCCAGCUGAAAAGUCAAAGAUUAGCUGAAGAUGAAGAGAGAAGAUGCCAGAAAGGAGAGGUCAUAGACAGCAGAAAGGAGUGGGCCGGGAGUCAACGAAGCCUGGGGAACGCGAUGGAGGACCAGUGGAAGGGAAACAGUGAGCUCCAACUCAUGCACAGUAGACUGGUUCAUUAA